AAAAAUAAAGUUUUCCAGACGGGUUUUCCGCUGGCAAGACGUAGUAGUACGAAUUUCGAUUUUCCCGAACGAUUUUACGAGUUUUUUUUCACGCUCUCCGAGGUUGGUUUAGACUGAUAUCGUGGUGAGUAGGGCGGUUCGUAAUUACCAAAAAAAAAUCAAAUCGUGGCUCAAUAUUGCGACACAAUAACCGAAAAUAAUCAUUGCCAAAUCGGAGCAAAAUUCCUGCUAAAAAUAGCCGUGGUGAACACAAAGCGAUCCAGAGUCCAUUCACCACCGCACACGCACAUAUAAAUAUUAAACUUUUCGGUAAAUAUGGGUAGUAUCAGCAGCACAACACAAAGAGAAGAGGACAACGAUAUAUGGUGGACCAACGGCGUUAGAAGCAUGAGCGAGACACCAACAAGUAGUGGAACCAGCAGCAGCGAUAUCAGUCCAAAUCAAGAUUUCUCAGAGUUCCAGCAGGAAUUCGAACGAAAACACGAGAAACGACGAGAGAUCUUGGCGGCAAAGAAGAAACAGUUCGACGACCUGCGCGAGGAGGUGCGCCACCUCACCGAAGAAAACACGAAACUCAAGUCUCUGCUCUCGUCCAGGGAACCGUUACUGGACGAAUUCAAUAAAAUCGUCGCAGAAAACGCCUCCCUUAAGCAAGAAUUGACCUGCAAGACCCAACUCUUGGAGAAGAAUCGCGAGUUGAAGAUCAACAUCGCCCAGAUGCACCAGGAACUGCAGAACUUGAACGGGAUCGCCGUGGAAUUCGAGAGGGAGAAGGAGCAGUAUAAGAACCACGUGGCCGCCCUCAAGGACGUCAUAGCAGUCUCCAAGAAGAUGCUUUUGAUACGGGAAUCGCAGCUGCAAGAGCUGAGACAAAAAGUGGAAUCCAUCGAGAAGUCUCUGUCAGGCACAGAAAUGAAUUUGCUCUCCAUGGACCUGCGCAAGGAGUACGAAAAGCAGCUGGAGAGCAUCAGAAAUCUGAGGCACAUGUACGAGGAGAGACAGCGAACGGAUCAGAACGAGAAGCGCGAGCUGAGGGAGCUCGCCGACGAGUACAAGAAAGAGCUGGAGAAUCAACAGAAGAAGAACUCGGAGCUGGAGGAGCGAAUCUCCCAACUGGAAGGGCAAAACUCCGCAAAUUACGACGAAAUAAAAUCGCUGGAAUCCAACUUAGGGCUGUCCAAGGCAGAAUCCAGACAGUACCAAGCAGAGCUGGCUGUAAUCAACCAACUGUUCUCGGAAAUUUUACUAGGCUUCAACAGCACCCAGGACAUCGACCUGGAUAAGCUAACAAAGAACCUGGAGGACCACCACGCGCUCCUCCAAACCAUCAUCACCACCCCAGAAUCCUCCUCGAAGCUCCCAAAAGUCCUCCUAGACCUAGUCCAUCAGGUGCACAACACAACUCAGGACUCCAAACUGGAAACCAUCAUGGAAGAAUCCGAAUCGCCCGCACAAGACCAAAUCAACAGCGUAGAAGAAAUCGUGCAGCUGCUACCGAAAGUGUGGCGGGUCCUCAUCGAGCUCCUCAGCCACCAUAAGGUGCCGGAGAACGUCAUCUGCGAAGACUCGUCGGAUGCUUGCUACAAAACCGUUCAGACCCCCAAGGGCCCCAGCGUGGUCCUCAGCGUUAGCCAAACCUUCAUUCGCCUAAAAGACCUGAUCCUGGAAAAGAAAUCGUUGGAAAAAGAGACUGGGCAUCUAAAACAGCUGAACACCCACCUGGAAAACCGGCUGCAGGACCAAGAGAAGCGUCUGGAAACCGUUUCGAAUGAGCUGAACAAAACUUGGCACGUGGUGGGCAAACUGCAAAAGGAGCAUCAGCUGUUGCACACCCAAGAGAAGAUCCUGCGACACGAGUUGGCGCAGAAACGCAAAUUGCUCACCAACCUGCGGGAGCAACUGGAACACUCGAGGGCAAAAUGGCAGGAGGCUCGCGAGAAGAACUCCAAGACGGAAAAGCAAUGGAAGCAGCUGAGGGUGGAGUUCGCCUCCAGAAGGAACACCUUGGUCAAUGACAGCAAUAGCCAGGAGAGCGGGUACAGUGACGAACGGACGUCCAGUGACGAUGAAUCAGAGGUGGAUGUCCCAAAGACCUUGGUGUCUUCAGUGAUUGAAGAGGCUUUAGCGUCGAUAAUGGAGACGACCACCCCAGAGAGCAACUCGGAGAGUCAGAGGACUAUGGAGGAGCUGUUAGCUGCCAAAGAAGAGAGGCUGAAGAGGCUGGAGGGGCAGUGCGGGGAGCUCAUGGAGCAAGUCACCAAUACUGCCCAGAAGAGUGUGAUGAUUUGCAACAAGUUGGAUGAUUUGCAUGAGACCUAUGGGCAUGGGGCGUCUACUAGUGCCCAAGAGGUGAAAGAAGAGGAGGAGGAAGAGCAGGGAGGUCAGAGUAAGGAGAAGUGAAGUGAAAAGUGAUGUUAAUUUAUGUUAGAUUUAAGUUAUAUCGUACCUGUAAUUAUAUUGUUUUAUACAUGCAAUAAACAGAAUGUAAUUUUUA